UUUAUCUUCUGCGGUCUGUUUACCUUAGCAGUCACCUCUUAUCACCAUUUCCCAUUCAUUAUAAUUCCUUUCAUUACUUCUGCAUUCAUCAGUUUUUCCUCUAAUUUUUCUGUCUACCAAAUUCUACUGGCGAGAAUAUCAAAUGACAUUCGUAUCAAGGAAUACUACUAAAUUUAAACCAAAGGAAGAUGUAUUAUAUAAAAAAAAGAUGUAACCAUGUUUAUACAUAUCUAUGGAAGAAUUACAGUGAAAUAUUUUGAGAUUAUCAACAUUUUUCUGCUUUGCUGUUUGGAAAAAUGAUUUUGCAGUCGAAUUAAAGCUGAGCUAAUUUGCAAAGGAGUUUACAAACAUCUUCAGAGAUCAUUAAACAUCAUGUUGUUGGAUUGGAAAUAUUGCAGCUGAUACAUUUGUUAUGAAUAAAUUAUAAAAAGAAAAACAAAUAUAUUCACAUAUUCUGGUUUAUGAAAAAAAGAUUAUAUCGUGAAUAAAUUUAGUGCAAACUUUUUCCCAUGAAGAAAUGCCAAAAACAUUAACAACAUCAUCAUACUUCUGUGAUAUCUGCGGUAAAUCGUUCUCUCAAAAAGGUAACCUUACUAAACAUAAACGUAUUCAUACCGGAGAGAAGCCCUAUCAGUGCGAUGUCUGUAGUAAAUCAUUCCCUCAAAAUGAUCAUUUAAUUACUCACAGACGUAUUCAUACAGGAGAAAAACCAUACCACUGUGAGAUCUGUGGUAAAGCAUUCUCUGCAAGAAGUAGUUUAAUUAGUCACAUACAUAUUCAUACAGGAGAACACCCAUAUCACUGUGAUAUCUGUGGUAAAACAUUUUCUUCAAGUAGUAACUCAACUAUACACAAACGCAUUCAUACAGGAGAGAAGCCAUAUCACUGUGAUAUCUGUGGCAAAUCAUUCGCUCGAAAUGAUCACUUAAUUAAGCACAAACGUGUUCAUACAGGAGAGAAACCUUAUCAAUGUGAUAUCUGUGGUAAAUCAUUUUCUCACAGAAAUUCUUUAGCUACUCACAAGCACAUUCAUACUGGAGAGAAACCAUAUCACUGUGAUAUGUGUGGUAAAUCAUUUUCUCAUAUAGCUAGCUUAACUCUCCACAAACGUACUCAUACAGGAGAGAAACCAUAUCACUGUGAUAUCUGCGGUAAAUCAUUCUCUGGUAGAAGUCAAUUAACUGCUCACAAACGUAUUCAUACUGGUGAGAGCCCAUAUCACUGUGAUAUCUGCGGUAAAUCAUUCACUAGAAGUGUUGACUUGAGUAAACAUAAGCGUAUUCAUACAGGAGAAAAGCCAUAUCACUGUGAUAUUUGUGGUAAAUCAUUCUCUGAAAGUAGUUAUUCAACUACACACAGACGGAUUCAUACAGGAGAAAGACCAUAUCACUGUGAUAUCUGUGGUAAAUCAUUCUCUCUAAAUGGUGAUUUAACUAAACACAAACGCAUUCAUACAGGAGAGAAACCAUAUCAUUGUGAUAUCUGUGGUAAAUCAUUCUCUGAAGGAAGUUAUUCAAUUAGGCACAAAAGGGUUCACACAGGAGAGAAACCAUAUCAUUGUGGUAUCUGUGGUAAAUCAUUCUCUCAAAAAGGUCAUUUAACUACUCACAUGCGCAUUCAUACAGGAGAGAAACCAUAUCAUUGCGAUGUCUGUGAUAAAUCAUUCCCCCAAAAAAGUCACUUAAAUGCACAUGCAUGUAUCUACAUGGAAGAGAAAUUACACAUUUAGUGGCUGUUAACCCUUUUGUUACUGUAUUUAUUUUGAGAUGCUCUGUGUUUCUUUCAAUUACUUUAAAUAUAACAAAGAAUUUAGUAAAAUAACUCAGUUAUCAUUCAGCUAGUGUUAGGAA